CUGUUUUCUGGCUUGCUCUUGGAGAUUAUGCUUGCAUUUUGGCUUGUUAAUUGAACUUUCUACGUUUCAUCAGCAAAUGGUUCAAGUUUAUGCAGUGUACCCAGUACUAUACCGUGGAAACAAAUGCUGCAUUGUCUGCGGCAGCUAUCAUUAACAGCAACAACUAACUGCUCAUCUCCAUCUUUGGAAGGUGGCUUAGCUGAUGAUAUCCCUGCAAGUUCCCAACCUUCACCUACCGUUAACCUAUCACGAGCAUAUACCCUUGCAGUGGAAACUUCUUCCUACCGCGAGAUAUGGUUGAAGGUCCACCAUGAGGUCCCUUCUGACCUUAGUGUGGAGGAAGCACAAGUUGAGUUCCAGGAGGAGCCACUGCAAUUAGAAGAUGUCCUUGAACCAAAUCAUGAGUGCGUCCAAGAGGCACUUUUGCAUAUAAAACCAGAAGCCUUAAACCAACUUAUCGCUAAGUACUUGAAUGACAGUGAGCAAACCACUCGUCUCUGUAUUAGUUUCUCUCAAAGUGUGAAGCAAGCUCGAAUUUUGUAUGCUCCCAUUUGUAGGCUGCUCGAUGUCCUUCCCCUGGACAUGGAGUCCGCUGGACAUUCCCUUUCUCAAGCUCAAUGCAAUUGGGCAUUUGACAUCUUCCUCCAAUUUGACAGCCUCAACAAUCCCUUUCCUAUACAUGAUACCCAUAGCUUCAAUGAUAUGUGUCAUUGCUACUUCCAGCUAAAGCGUGAGCUUGACCUUCUUUUACACAAGUCACGUUCAAAGGUCCAACUUCUCCGUCAUGCUACCAAAGGCUCAGUCGUAUGUUUAGUUGCAGCUACUAUUGGAGUGGUCAUAACAGCUGCUGUUAUAGCUUCUCAUGCUUUGGUCACCCUUGUAGCAGCCCCGAUAUGCGCUGCUUGCGUCCCUUCAAAAAUGGCAAAAAAAGAACUGGUCCAUCUGGUGCAACUGGAUGUUGCAACUAAGGGGAUCUUUUUCCUCCACAAUCACUUGGAAACAGUAAAUUGCUUGGUGGGCCGAUUAUAUGAUGAAGUGGAGUACUACAAGCGGCUUGUUCGCUUUGCGCUAGAGAGAGGAAAAGACCGAUACCCCAUCCAGGAGGUAGUGAAGCAACUUCACAGGAAACAUAGCAAUUUUUUGGAAGAGCUUCUGGGUCUUGAGGAGCAUUUGUGCCUAUGUUUUUCUGCAAUAAAUAAGGCCAGACGCCAUCUUCUCGACUAUCUCCUUCAUCAAAAUCAGGAUCCUGACUAA